UUGUGAGACGCUGCUGUUCGUCUACGUUGUUCGUUUGCGUUACAAUCAUCAGGGCAACCGAGGACAUCGGUUUUGGCGCCCAUGACUCGGCUUAGCAUGGAGCAGACCUUACGGGAGAAGCAGAAUUGCGAAGCGAGCUCUGUAACAUCGCUUCAGCUAUCUCAUCGAGCUCUCUCCGAUGUAUACUGUUUGAGCAAUUUCCAGAACUUGGAGAGACUUGACCUAAGCUACAAUUGCCUCACAUCUCUAGAGGGUUUGUCUGCUUGUGCCAAUUUGAAGUGGCUGCAAGUUUUGGAAAACAAACUUGUUACGUUGAAAGGCAUUGAAGGCCUCUCCAAGCUAAUGGUAUUGAAUGCUGGCAGGAAUAAACUUGAGAAAAUGGAUGAGAUCUGCGUCCUUUCAAAUUUGCGGGCUUUAAUUUUAAAUGAUAAUAACAUUUCUUCCAUUUGCAAGCUUGAUCAGAUGAAAUAUUUGAAUACCCUUGUUCUUUCUAGAAACCCAAUUUAUGUCAUUGGCAACUCUUUGAAGAAGAUGACCUCAAUCACAAAAUUAUCACUCUCCCAUUGUAAACUUCAGAACAUUGGGCCAUCGCUCGUGGGAUGUGUGGACUUGAAGGAAGCUAGAUUUUCUUACAAUGAGAUUGCAGCUCUCCCAGAAGAGCUGGCUAAAAAUAUAAAUCUUCAAACUUUGGAUGUUGGAAACAAUCUGAUUGAGAAAUUUUCUGAAAUAAAGGUUCUUUCUGCUUUGCACAACCUUAAAAACCUCAAUUUACUGGGGAAUCCUAUUGUAGAGAAUGAUAAGUUAGUAAAAAAGGUUAAAACAUUAGUCCCCAAUAUACGCAUAUUCAAUGCCAAACCCUCAGGGAGCAGUAACAUGGCUUUGAAGGUUUCUGAAAAAGGCACAUUGCGUCCGACAAAAACUGAUUCUCUUCAAAUUUCUUUUGGUGUUAGAGAUGAAGAAGAGAUGAAGAAGAGAGAAUCCAAAAAGGAUGAUGCAUUAAAAAGGAAGAGGCUCAAUGCAUCUGCUGAAGAAACCCACGCUAACGAUACCCUUACUGGUAAUGUAUCAGUUUUAAAAGGAACGAAGAAGAAAUCAAAGUCAAACACACAGUAUCUCGAGAAGAAAACUGAUGAUCAGAAGAGAAAUAGUGCUUCUGUGGAAGAAAAUAGUGAUAACAAAAUUGAGAAGAAACCAGAGAAGAAGAAGGGCUCUGUAGUUAAAGUAGCUGCCAAGUCUAAGGGCAUUGAUGAUGAAGAUUCACCAUUUGUGGAUCUUAUAUUUUCAGGGAAGGCUAUUGAGGACAUAGAAAAUGAGAGAGGCAGAGAAACACUUCGUGAUGCGAAACUCGAUCCGCAGAGUAAGAAGGCAAAGAGAUCUAAAAGCAUGGAGUCAGGACUAUCUGCUUUAAAGUUCUUUUCCUUAAAACAUGAAAUUGGUAUGGGAGGACAAUCAACAUGGGAUUACUAAUCUCUAGCCACAAUGUAUAAAAUUAUUUUGUGUUAUGUAAGCUGUUUCUUUUCUAUUUGGUGUGUUCUUCGUGUUCUUACCCCUCUGAAACAGAUUUUUUUUUUAGUUGAGAGUGCAUAAUUUUUGUAGGACUUGUAGAAAAGGAGCAAGGAGGAAGGAGCGCAGGGCCUUUCAUGGAGGUCAGCUCCAAGCUAUUCUAAUUUUGCUUGUGUAAUUGUGAAUUUCAUUAUGAUUA